GGCAGCUUGGAGGGCCAAAGAAGUAUAUAGACCUCUUACAGCCCAGCUCUUCUUCCUCCGACUAUCUCAUCUGGAGGCAACGUGCGCAGCAACAAUCAGUCAUACUUAGAACCCUCACGUAAACCAAGCAACAUCCAUAACCACAAUCCACAACGAUGCCUAACACGUUCACCCUCGAGGCCCAGCCCAAUACCGACAUCUGGAGAAAGCCGCCGGUCAAGGACAUCUUCAAUGCCCCCAUCUCCCGCACCCAGCCGGGCCUGCUCAAGAACUUCCAGUCAGCCCGCAUCACCUUCUGGGCCGACUGGACCGAGCGCUACGACCAGGCUGGCCUCCUGCUCACGCUGGACCGCGCGUCCGGCGGAUCAGGCCAGCAGCGCUCGUCUCCGGAGCGCUGGGUCAAGACGGGCAUCGAGUACUACCAGGGCGUGCCCCAGCUCAGCGCGGUGGGCUGCGACCGGUUUGCCGACUGGCACGUCAGCCCGCUCGCCAGGAAGUCUGCGGACGGCACCGUGACGCUCGAGGUCGUGCGCGAGGGCGACGAGAAUGGCAAGAGCAUCUGGAUCUACCAGCUGAUCCUCGACGAGGAGGGCAAGGUCAAGGAGAAGCAGCCGAUGCGCGAGAUCUGCUGGUUCCUGGCAGACGAGGGCGAGGGCGAGGGCAAGGAGUGGAAACUCGAGGUCAGCCCGCUCAUCUGCCGGCCGGCGAGCGGGACGACUGAGUUGCUCAAGGUCGAGUUCAAGGACUUUGUCGUCGAGUGGCUAUCCUGAGACGCAGGGAGCGUGACGCGCGCUGGAAGAUACGGCCAACAAUGAACAAUU